AUGCCUUCAACUUCAUCCGGCGAAGGUACGUCACGCUUUUUUCGAAAAUAGCAUUCACGAAAAUAACAAAAACCGCUCAAUAAUAUUGACUUUAUUCAAAUUACAUUCUCUGUUUGUCUGGAACGGCCAGAUCUCUCUUUUCACAUGCCCUCUCGCACGUCUCUCCUCUCCAUUUGUCCUGAGUUGUUUUCCGCAUCGAUCGGUCUUUUUCUGCCGUUGCCUGCGGUCAUGUGAUGUUUUUUCUUUUCUCUCGCUUGUCUGCGCGCUCUUGCAUUUUAACAAGAUGAGCGGGCGCUUUCAAAUUGAACAGAGAACAUUGCUUGCCGUGCGUCCCGCAUUCACUCUCGCUCACAUUCGUCACAUUCGCCACAUGCCGCUCUGUGUCGCUCUGACGCGCGCCUCUUCUAGAACUCUCUAUCCUUCUAUGAGUGCUUCUGAUUUAUCGAAUCGUUUAUUUUCAGAGAUGGAGGAGCGUCUGCCCAUGGAGGUGCUCGCCCGUUUGGUCACUCACGAGGACGAUAUGAACGAAACUCUUCACCAGUACGCCGUGACAAUCAAAACACCGGAUGGACUCUACAAAGAGGUCCGUAGCUCUCCGGGAUUGGAGGAUCAAGCAGCGGUCAAGCUUCUCCGCCGACUCGACAAGUUUGCGUUGCGCAUCACCGCGAAGGACUUCUGCCAGUUUCGAAAGAGAUUUCUGCUGGCGGCUGCGAGCGGAUACGACCUUCUCAUGUACAACAUGUGCGACUGCACAGCUGAGAUGAUCUUCCGUCAGUUCACAAGCUCAAUGGAGAAUCUCAUCGACUUUGAGUACCAGAACUUCUCCGGACAGACUCAGUGAGCAAAAUAAUAUGUUUGGUCUGUCGAAAACGUGUCUUUUAGGUGGUCUAUUCCUCACACACCGACUUCUCCUGUCUGCGAGCACGUUAUCUUGAAAAUGACGUCGCCGGGAAAAGUUUUUGCAGAGGUGAGAAAAAUAAACAGUUUCCAAUAUUGGAUGACAUGUCUUCAGAGUUCCAUUCCACUGCAUGACAGUCUGUUCUCGUACAACAGCCAAGGACAGCGCGUCGACAGUCAAUCUCGCGAGCUCCGCGCAGUUCAGCAACGUUACACCUUCGGAGGCCCACUGAAGGACGUCAAUUGCUAUCCGCCAUCGGCAACUCGUACCAAAGACAUGAAGGAGAAACUGCGUAGUUUCUCGUUCAUCAUUCCGGUCUCAGAGACGCUCUUCCGCGAAAUUCGUGUACACAAUUCUCGUGUCUUCCCGGCCAAUGAGCACAUCGAUGACUAUCGCGGUAAGAAAUACAUUUCAGACAUGAUGGCAGGCAAUUUUCUUUCAGAAUAUGUCGAGGAACAAAUUGACAGACGCAUCAUCAGAAAACCAGAGCUCACGGAUGUGUGGUCCGCAAUCAAACUCAACCUCAGAGACGAAAUCAUUUUGUCUCUGUACAGCAUGUUCAAAUUGGGCGAGAAAUCUGUGAAGUUCCUGGAAGAGAAGAAUUUCGAGCGGAAUUAUGAUUGGGCACAGCCGAAGGAAUUGCAUCAUUUUGCCAAAUACUUCACGAGUGUUCUCCAAAUGCCCGACGACGAACUGAACAAAAAAUGUGUCAUGCACUCUGUGCCGUAUCCGAGUGCUGACAGCACACUGUUUCGGACUACUAUUAGCACCGAGGAGCCCAGCCAAGGCGCCGCGUCUUGCAAAGGAUGUCCGGUCAUGACUGUUCGUGAAUCUGAGCGAGUGGAUCGCCAUAAAAAACCCAGCGAAAAACUUAUUUACUUCGAAGGAGAGGUGAUGACAAUGGAGGAGUACUCGGCUAAUCAGCAGCGCAUCAUAGACUUAUUCGCACCAGUCGAGUUAGUGAACUAAUACAAUUAGAAACACUAACCACAUCUUUUCAGAUCAAUUAACAAUUCGCCGCAACAACCAACGAACAACACAACUGCUAGCGACCCACCUCAAGCUAAAAAAAAGAAGACUCAGGAAUUUCAGGGAAGUACCAGCAACCAAACUGGAUCCUCCACCCAAGACGGUCAAUCCAGUAGCAGUACUUGCCCGGCAGAGGUUCAAAUAAGUGUCCCAGUUAAUUCAAUUGGACAGGACGGUCGCAUCACAACUCAGGCUCUUGCUGCUGCCCAGGAAGCGCUGCCGGAACAAGCGACUCCACCUGUCGCACCGGUGGUCCAGCCGGUGCCGGAGAUUCCUCAAGAUCAAGUCGACAUUACUCCGCCAAGACCGGCCGCAGCGCAUGAAAAUCUGGCACGAGCAAUUACUGAAAACCAGGACGGUGGCAUCGCAACUCAGUCUGUUGCUGCUGCUCAGGAAGCGCCGUCGGCACAAUCGACUCCACCGACCGCACCGAUGGCGCAUCCUAUCCCGCAGAUUCCGUCUCUGUUCAACAACAUCCGUCCGGCAAUGGUUCAACCAGCUCCCCUGCUCCGUUCCACUGAAGAAGAUCGUCGAUCCACAGUUCAGGCUUUUGCUGCUACCAUGGAAGCCCUCUCGGCACAAAGGAUUCUACCUUCCUCACCGGUAACGCAAUCGAUGCCGCAGAUCCCGUCUCCUUUGAAUAGCAGCCGUCCGGCAAUGGUUCAACCAGCUCCCCUGCUCCGUUCCACUGAAGAAGAUCGUCGUUCCACAGUUCAGGCUUUUGCUGCUGCCAUAGAAGCCCUUUCGGCACAAAGGACUAUACCGGCCUCACCGGUAGCGCAAUCAAUGCCGCAGAUUCCGUCUCCUUUGAACAGCAGCCGUCCGGCAAUGGUUCAACCAGCUCCACUUGAUUCAACUGGAGAAGGCCGUCGCGCUGCACUUCAGGCUCUUGCUGCCGCUCUGGAAGGGCUCUUGGCACACAUGCCUUUAUCGACAGCACCUGUGGCGCAUCCGAUCCUUCACUUCCCAUCACCGUGGAACGGCAAUCUCGAGCAGCGGAAUAAUGAUACAGUUUCUCGUAUGGACCAGGUUUUCUCAGCUUGGCAACGGUCUGGACUCCUUCUUCCUCAUGCUCAAGUUGACAAUAAUCCCCCAAGACCGCCUGCAGUGCGUGAGAAUCAGCAACCAGCAACUACUAGAAACCAAGCUGGAUCUCUGAGACAAGACGGUCGCACAGCACUUCAAUCUCUUAUUGCUGCUCUAGAAGGUGUUUCGGCACGAACGACUCCACCUGUGAGGCGUCCGAUCCCGCAGAUCCCGUCUCUGUUCUAUGGAAGUCUCGAGCAGCGCAGUGAUCAGUCAGCUCGACGUACGCAAGAGCGUGUCCCAAUUUGGCAGCUAACCGGAGUCUCCCCUCCAGCCCAAACCCAAAUUUCUCCAUCAAGUCCGGCUGCGAUGGAUGAGAGCGCGGGACUAGCAUUGUUUGCUGCAGCGCAUAACAAUAUAAGAGCUGCAAAAGCGCGAGCUCUUCGAAAUGCAUUGCAGAAUCUCAACUUGAAUGGAGACGAAAACGUACGAGCUGCCAGCGACGAAGAAUGGGUCGUUCUGGAUCCUGGAAACCGUGACUUGUUGUGAGUAACCUAACAAGUUCUAAUACAAACGUUCUUUUUCAGGUCGACUGGUGAACAGUUAGAAGAUAUGGAUGUGGAUUUCCCAUCCGACUCGUCAUCCAGUACAUCAUCGAUCACGAUUGGAGUUGAUAAUGAAGUGUCCGGUCAACAAGGACCAGCUCCAAGGUCGUCACGACAAUUAGAAGUAACUGAAUAAAAUUAUAAUUUUCAGAUCGCAAGAAGAGAUCAGAGCUGAGGAGCGUCGCCGUAACGAGCAAAAGAGACGUCAGAGAAACCGUCGCGAACGCAUCCGUCAAGAAAUGGAAGUGUCCAGACGCAACCAGAACCAGCAGAGACCAACUCCUCGUCGCAAUCGUAUGUCAGGAGAGACACAUGUGAAAAUGACGGUCCACUUUACAGAGGCAAUUGAACUUUCCACUAACGACGAGUCGGGCAAUGCUCCGAGCGAUUCGACUGCACCAAAUGACGAUAGGAAUGGGCGUAUCGAUCAACUCAACAUGGAAAACGAGGAACGUAUCAUUGAGCCGGAAGUCCAGAUUCUAGAGGAAGCAGACAUCUGGUGGAGUGCUGCUGAAAUUCCACACCCAGCGCAAAACGUGAACGAGGAACAUGCUCUGGACUUCGAAAGACUGGGUAAGAAUUAAAAAAAAGGGUUCAGAACUAUAACAACUUUUUUGCAGAGUUAUACGCUGAGAUGAGAUUGUACUUGGAGCUGAGAGUCCCUCAGUUCGCGUUUCAUUCGGAGAUAAGAGAACAGUACACGGACUGGUCCAGCGAAUUCAACGAUGCCUCUCGUAGCCAAUACGAAGUUUGCACUCUCUUCACAUUCCUUGAGCAUUCGACCGACGGAAUUCACCGACUCUGCGAGAAGUACUUUGCGCACAAGGCCAAAUCACUUCUUUCCGAGGAUCAAGGUGAGACAGUUUCCGCGAAUAAAAAAAAAGAAAUAUUUUCAGCUACAUCUCAAGUGCUCUCCCAAAUGGCCAACUCGUUUGCUGCCAUCAAGUGCAACGAGAUUCUGACUUUCAUUGACAUCGAGAACAUGUCGAGACGUGAGUUGUACUUACAAAGUAUUAAAUUUUACAGCACUUCUUUAGGCACGCUCAUCACUGGGCUGGAUUUUGUGGAUUCCAAGUGCAGAAACCUUCUUGUCAACCACCCGCUCCGCGACUGCUACAUUACCAUCCGUGACCGCCUCAUUGCCCAGGGAAUCAGACAAAAAGUGCAUUUCACCAUCAUUCGCGCAUUCUUCGAAGGCACCACUGCAUAA